CCCGGCCCCUGGUCGAUGGUCUGCCUAGUUAACACAGACGACGACGGGGCCGGAGCUCGGCUAGCUACAAAAUAAUGAAAAUCAAUGCUCUUAUGCACGAAAUGAUAUUGAAUUAGGCCUACCCGGUACCGUACUUACUCUGGAAUUUCAAGAGUUCAGGAAUUCUUUCAAUUGAGAGUGCAGUGAUGAGUCUUCAUCAAACAUUCUGUUGUAUAACUAUAUAAGCAACAGCGACGAGAUCCUCCGGCAUUUCGACCAAUUUUCGCCGUCGGCCGGCCGAGGGCCGGGCGCGGGCGCGGCGCGGCCUGACGAGAGGUUGGCCCUUUGGGUUGGCCAUAUCGGGCAAUACCGGUACCGUAUUUUGCUUGCGAGUUUCGGCCGCGCAGCACACACACGUGCGCGGUGCAUUUACGUGAAUUACAAAUACAAGUUGUCUUUGUGAAAGACUUUGAUGCAGAAAUAUAAAACAUAUAAUUGAGAAGGUUAACCAUGAGUGAUUUUCGGGUCCACCAUGUCAAGUUCUUCAACUAUGUUCCAAGUGGAAUCCAGUGCCUGGCUUAUAACCAAACAGAUAAGCUUCUGGCAGUUGGCCGAGAGGACAGCUCUGUUGAGAUUUGGAAGACAGGAGAGGGGAGGAAAUGGUUGCAACAAAAGGUAAUCCCAGGUUCCAAGAAGAGGAAAGUGAACAGCCUUGUUUGGGUCAAAGGUCGACUCUUUUCUGCCGGACUUCAGGGAGACAUCACAGAAUAUGAUCUGCAUUGUCUGAAGCCAAAGAAAUCAGUCUACUAUGGAAAUGCCUUUUGGUGCAUUGCAGUGAAUCAUGCUCAAACUCAUAUAGCAGCAGGUUGCGAGGAUGGGUACAUCCGUCUCUAUGAGCUAACUGACGAGGGCCUCCUUUACGACAGGUCACUCCAGAUGCAACAAGGCCGGGUCGUGUCACUGGCAUGGCAUAUUUCAGACGAGGUCAUUGUAACUGGAUCACUCGAUAAUAUCAGGAUAUGGAAUGUAAAUACAGGUCAUGCAACACUGCGGAUCACCACUCAGAGGGUUCAGAAACAUACAGAGGUUGUAGUUUGGCAAGUAGCUAUCUUGGAUGAUAUGACCAUCAUCAGUGGAGACUCUGUGGGAAGGACACAGUUCUGGAAUGGCAAACAUGGGACGCUGCUCAAGAGUUACACCAGUCACCGAGCAUCCAUUCUGGCCCUCGCUGUCUCCCAGGACCAAGGCCGUAUCUUUUCGGCCGGGGUGGAUCCCAUCAUUACAGAGUUCCAGCUGGUCCAGAAGGCUUCGGGUUCCGAGACCAGGCACUGGGUCCGUGGUAAGACAAUCCGGGAUCACAGCCACGAUGUCAGAGCUCUGGUCAUAGCUGGUGAUACACUCAUGUCAGGAGGUGUGGAUACCUUACUCGCAGUAAAUCCAGUGGACAUUGAGACAGCUAUCGGCAAACCAAGUAAAUCAGCGGCACAACUACGUCACAGAAUACGCAGCUUCCCACAUAAGCCCAUUGUUUGUUUGGCGCCCAAGGCCAGGAUGCUUCUCUUACAAUAUUCUCAUUCCCUUGAGGUGUGGAAACUAGGCAACACGGAGGCCUCCUCAGAUGAAGAUGGAAAACAAUUACCAUUAUCAGAACAACCAGUGAAGUUAUUGGAACUGAAGGCUAAGGUAGGAAUUGAAGAAACUUGGAAUAUUUUACACCACAAGUAUAAUUUAUAAAGGAUUGUAAAGCAUAUUCCAUUUAUUGUUGAUCAGUUUUAUUCUUAAUCUAAAGAGAAAUGUCAUCCACAUUUUUUUUUGGGUUGGGGGCUGGGAGCUAGAUCCCUUUUCAGUUAACUCAUGCUAAUUUCUAAUCACUGCACAAAAUUGGCAACAUAGUGAAAAUUGGAAAACACUUUUUUUUUAAUGCAAAUUGGUAAUCCCUUCUCACUUAACUUGCGCUGAAAGCUGAUCACUACACCAAAUUGGCUACUUAAAAUAAAAAGUACAAACACAUACUAUUUUAAAAUGAUAAUUGGCAAUCCCUUCGCAGUUAACUUAUACUAAGGGUUAAUCACAUCACAAAAUAGGCAGCAUAAAAUAAAAACUACAAAUCACUGUUCAGAAAAUGCAAAUUAGCAACUUUUCCUUAAAAGUCUGUUAUUAUCAUACAAUUUGACGUACUUGAAGAGAGAUAUGAAAUUAUUGAUUUUUGCCGAUUUGAGGAAUAUAAUCAGAUUAAUUUUGACUCUCUAUGGUGAUCCCAACCAACCAAAAUGGGACUUUGAUUGACUUCUAUACCUUUGUUUUUUCUCAUAUGGUAAAGUUAUUAUCUUACCCAUCCCUUGGAAGCAUUUUAAGAAAAGACUUGUCAAAUGUUUUAUCUGACAGUCUUGUUUUAUCCAACCAUUACCAUAGUAACACUGCUUCUCAGUCAAUCAAAACUAAGGCAAGUUGUCAGAUCUGACAUCUUGUCAGAAAAAAAAAUGUUGAUGAAAUGCUCCCCAGGUCUGACUUUGCUGACAUCAGGCAAAGGAAUGUCUUGAGAUCCAAUAUGAUGGCAAAAUUUAUUUGGCUGAUCCCAAGAAAUUACAGGUAUAUUACAGUGAUUUAUGUUGCUUCUCAUGAAGCCUGGUGUCAGCGAAUUUGAUAUUUUUUGCUUCUCAUAAUUUUUAAACUUCAGCACUGACUUAGACCUAAGUCUAUACGUUAAAGGGGAAUCCAGAAUACAGGCCAUAGAGUUCAAAUUUAAAGAAAUGGAGUUGAAUUUGAAAGGUGAUGUAAUGCUAGAUG